GUCAACGACCCCGACGCCGAGCUGUGGGUGGUGGUGUACAUGAUACCUGCUGUGUUGACCCUGCUCGUUGGAUUUAACCCUCUUGUCACGGAGGCUGGGAAAUCCAAGAUCAAGGCAUUAGCACAUAAUUUGGUGUCUAGUGAGAGCCUGCUUCCAGUCACAGGUAGCUUCAUUUGGAAGAGUGUUUCUGCAGCACACAUCUUGUUCUGCCUGGUGUGGGCCGCUGGCUUGGCAUACUCCCUCCUGCUGCACGCACAGCACAACAUCCUACACGAGGAAGAAGGCAGGGAGCUGUCCGGUCUGGUGAUUAUCACAGCAUGGAUGAGCCUCUGCUACAGUUCCUCAAAGAAUCCAGUUGGUGGAAGAAUUCAGCUGCUUCUUGCCACUGUAAUAGCUCUUUUCCCAUUUAUUUCAUGGGUCUACAUAUACAUAAACAAAGAGAUGCGGUCUUCCUGGCCAACACACUGCAAAUCAGUUAUUUAAAUGGACCCAAGAAUGGUGUGUUCUAAAAAUGACAGUGUUCAAUUUCUCAUAAACCUUGGUGUAACAGAACAGUUUCCCAGUUUAUUUCAGGUAGUAUGAGCUGAUACAAGAGAUGAUCUAAAAACAAGAAAUUUGUAAAAGGUCUUGAGAACUUUUUAAGACUACCUAUAAUACACUGUAAGACCGGACAGGACAUGUAAGAAUGAAGUCUGAUGCUCUCUGGCUGCCUUCCCUAAAGGGUACUGUGCUACAAUGUAGUCAAAAGGCACAAGAGUGAAAGUUAAGAAAUCUGACUUUUUCCAGGCACAAUGGCACAUCCCUGAUAGUCAUUAGCUACUCAGAAGGCUGAGGCAGGAGGACCACUUGAGCCCCGGGGUUUGCGGCCAACCUGGGCAACACAGCAAGGCCUCAAGAUAAAUAAAGCAUAAAAAUAAAUUCAUUCUCUAUGUGACUUGGGCAAAUAUACUGUAUAAACCUUCUGGGAGUUAUUUUCUUAUCUAUAAAAUGGAAUACCAGAUCUGCUACUUACUUACUCAGUUGCUACCAUCAAAGUAGAAAUGAAAGUACUCUGAAAAUAUAAAGUACCUGCAAAUUACAAAGGCUGCACAUGAUUAAAACUGAGGAGCACUGAACUACAAGUAGGUUCCAGAGAGGCCUAUUGCCCUAGACUAAUCUCAUGAUACAGAAGCAGUUCAGUGGCAGAAGUGAAACUUAACCAAAUCAACCUUAAACCAAAUCAACCACUGUGUCUUGGAAAAAAAGGAAGUUGGGUGGAGAAAGGAAUUUGGAACCAAUCAAGAAGGAAAGAGAAAAUAUUAAUUACUCAUGAUUAACUUCUCAUUAUUCUGAGAAAUAAGGCCAAAAGGUCCACUUUAUUUUAAAUGAAUGUCUAAAGUGACCCUAGGGAGGAGAGCAGUUUUUAAAGCUGUGCUCUCCCAUAUAAGAGCCAAUAGCUGCACACUGUUUUUGAGCACUUCAAACGUGGCUAGGGUGAUUGAGAAAAUAAAUUUUCAAUGUUCUCCAUUUUCAUUUUUAAAACGAUAUUCAAUUAUUAGAAAAUAUUUAAGUGUGCCUGGAACAACUUGGGCACAUGAAUCUACUUUUUCAGCUGCAACUUUUGAUAUCAACAUGCAAUCAAGUCUUCGCAACGAUGAUUUAAGGUUCAAACAAGUGGGCCAUUAAGUAUAAAACGCACAUCAGAAUUUAAAGAAAUUGCACAGAUGGAAUGUAAACUAUUUUUAUAAUGAUCUCAUGUUGAAAAGAUAUCUUAAUAUAUAUUGAAUAAAAUACUAUUAAAACUAA